AAUCAAAACUAAGUUUAAUAUUCUUCAUCAAUGUUAACGGCCAAUAGUUAAACUCAUGUUAAACUAUCAAUAUUUUACUUGACAUAAGAUCAGAAAAAUAAAGAAGCGAAUGUUGUUGUUGAAUGUCGAUGUUAUUUACAAUAAGAAAAAAAUACAUGUCUGUAGUAUCAUUUUAUUUUUGAAUUUCUCUUUCACGUAGUUAAAUAUGAAUUUAGCUAUUAGGACAGUUUUGACAAGUCGGUCGUUUAGGUUAUGUGAUAGGAUUUCACAUAAAUAUUUACAAACUCCAGUAGUUACGAAAUGUCCUAUUAUACAACAACGAAAUUACUGCGAGGACCGUUCGGAGGCAAGAAGGCUACCGCAGUUAAUGGAAUUCCCACCGAUAGUGUGGCCUUCUUUUAUAAAGUUUAUAAAGAACUGGAUGUACGCUAAUUUCAUAAUCAGACCCUACUUUGAAUCGGAAUUCAAUUUACACGACUUCAUUGAGGCCUCUAAACAUGCUGUACAGGUAGUUUCAGAAAGUCUCCAAUCAAGUAACUUUAAGGCACUCGAAGGACUUGUUGAGAAAGAGGCAAUUGCAACUUUAAAAGAGGCUGUUUCUAAACUAUCUGUUGGUCAAAGGCAGAUGUUAGCAAUAAAUAAGGAAGACAUUUUCUAUGCUUUCCCUUACCAGGUAGGAGUAAUAUUUGACGAUGCUGAUAAACGUUGGGUUGAAAUAACCAUGUGUUAUCAUGUUCUGAAAGGAAUGAAACAAAUGCAAGAAACUGGGGACUUGCCACCAAUCUCAUUAGGUGUACAACCAGAGUAUCAAGAAAAGAUAUUUAUUCUUAACUACAGAUUUAUCAGAGAAUUUACCAAAGGAGUUGAAGAUAGUUGGUGGGUCAAUAUCGUAAACCACUUCCAGCCUCACACACUUAAGAAAUCAUUUUAAACAAAUCUUUUUAGUAUAUAGGAGAAAAGCUUAAAACGAAAUUAAAAGAUAUAGUUGUUUAUA